AUGUUAACAUUAUUAUUAUUGCUACAAGUGGUGUUAUCACAGAAGAUUUUGGAUUCUCCACUUGAAUAAGUCAUAUGGUGCAAAACAGAAACCUUUAUACUUACAGCCAAAGGAUUGCUCUAUAAAAAUUUUACAUCUGAAAUGCCUAAAUUCAUUAGCAAUGUAAUCAAAUCACAUUUACUUUUUUAGUUUACUAUUAGAGAAAUCUUGUAAUCAGAAGCAGAUAUUUAAGUACUCUAUUUUAUUGGAGAUUUUGAUACAUCUUAUGUCUCUUAGAAUUGUGGAAAAACAUAUACCAAAUUUAAACAUGACAAGACAUUGCAUGAUUUCAAAUUAAAUCCUUUAGAAGCUCAUAGUUUAAUGGCUUUCAAAGAUUUUAGAUGCAAUUCCUCCACUCCUUUAUGCAAAGAUAAAUAUAAAAAAUAGAUUUAUGUAAGUAAUGAUUAUGGUGCUAAUUGGAGAAUGGUACUCAAUAGAACCAGAGAUGCAAUAUGGGAUAAAUUAAUAGAACUCCCAGAAAUUCCAGAUUCAAGAAUUGUUGCUUCCUAUCUCAAUGAUUUAGGUCAUUUAUAAGUAAGUUACAGUGAUGAUUACUUUAAAACAUUUAAAUUAUUAAGAAAUAAUUCCUAUGGAUUUUAUUAAACUAAAGAGUAUCUAUUUAUUUUGAUUGAUGCUGACUCCUUAAGCAAAGGUUAUGAUUUAGAAGUUAUAAAGUAAGGAACAUUAAAUCCAGUAGAAUUGGUGUUACCUAUAGAAGAUCAUCAAAAAUACAUUUUCACUGUAUUGGACACUGUUAAUGGAUCUAUAUUUAUAUCUAUUUCGCAUCUUGAAGAUAUGCCAAAAAUUAUGAAUAUUUAUUAAAGUGAUAAUAGUGGCACAAAAUACACAUUAUCAUUAUUAAAUAAUGUUAGAAGUUUAGAUACUGGAAAUUGUGAUUUUGAACCUAUCAUAAGAGGAACCUAUAUUGCUAAUAUUUAUGAUAAUACAGAAUUUGAGAAAUUCAAAAUGAGAAGAUCUACUAAAAGUACUGACGGAAUUAAAAGAUUAGAAAAUUACAAAUAAACAAGAAUUACAUUUGAAUAAGGAGGUGAAUGGCAUGCACUUAAAGCACCUAAAUAUGAUUAUAGAGGUUAACCAAUAUAAUGUAAUGGUGAUUGUUCCUUACAUCUAGUUGGAAGAAGUGAAGCUCCUCGUAAUAGAAUUAUUAGUCAUUCCUACAUUGCCAUUGGUACAGGCAACACAGGUAUUUAUUUAGGAAAUUAAUAUAAAACCUAUCUUACUAGAGAUGGAGGUCACACUUGGUUUGAAAUACUAGAUGGAAUGCAUAUAUAUGAUAUUGCUGAAAAUACAGGACUUAUUGUAUUCGUAAGUGAUGAAGAAUAAGCCAAUGAAAUACUAUACACUUGGGAUGAAGGUUUGACAUUCUAAAAAAUCAAAAUGAAUGUUACUUUUGAUAUCACAAAUGUUGUAUAUAAGAAUGGCAAGUUUCUAUUUCAUGGAAUAUAAGAUAGCAAAACUCUUGGAGUUGCUAAAGAAGAUGAUUUUACAUCAAGUACUCUUAAAGGAAUUGUUGUAUCAUUAGAUAUCAAUUAAGUUAUGGUUAGAGAAUGUUAAGGUUUUGAUUAACCAGGCGAAUAAGAUUCAGACUAUGAAUUUUGGUAUCCUUCAAAUUAUGCAGGAGACAAAUGUUUAUUUGGAUAAAAAUAAAAAUAUAUUAGGAGAAAGAGAAGUUCUUAAUGUUAUAAUAAGUAACCUAGUUUUCCAGUUCAAACUGAAAAUUGUCCAUGCACCAGAGCUGAUUGGGAAUGUGAUGUAGGAUAUUAGAGAAACAUAUAUUCAGAAUGUGUUCCAAUGAAAGAAAUUAAACCUAAGCCAUGUAGAGGAACAUAUUUAAAAAGCUAAGGAUAUAGGAAAAUCUCUGGAGAUGAAUGCUAAGAUGGGUAUAUUAUAAUGUUUACAAUUUAGAGUCUAUUUGGGACCUAUUGAAACAAAAUGCACUGAAGAAGAUUAAGUGACCUAAAAGGAUAAUAUUAAUAUCAAAUAAGGUAGAGUUAGUGAGAUACCAAAUUAUACAGAGCCAUUGAAACCCCAAAUAAAUAUUCCUUAAAAGACAGUUUCAGUAAGUGAAAAAAAAACUGAAGGGGGCAUUAAAUAUUAAUAUUUAAUAUUUGGACUUGUCUGUUUAAUAUUCACAUACGUUAUCAAAAAAAAAUAUUUUGAUGGAAAGUAUUAAACCAAAAAAAGAUAACCAGCAUAUUAUUAUCCUGUAAAGUCAUCUGAGAAAUAAAGAUUAUUUGCUGAACCUUGA